UCACUUUUUGUGUACAAGACUACAAGUGGCCUCGCAAGUCGCAACGCCAAAUUUGAAAACAUACUUUGAGAGGAUGGGUGAUCAAGACCUUAGGCGAUUGUUCUCUGAGAUUUUCUCCUUUUUAACCUUGAGCGGUGGGACUGUUUCUGACGGUGAAAACAUUUCAGGGUCGCUGUUUCGGCAAAGCAAAUAUGUUUUUGUGUCAGUCUCGUCUCGAGAGUUGUAAGUCGAGGGAAGUGCACGAAUAUUACAGACGAAAAUGGCAAAAAACAUUAAUCAGUGGAUCGAAGAAAAUAAAGCCUCAUUUUUGCCACCUGUUUGCAACAAACUCAUGCAUGAACAGCAAUUGAAAGUUUUCUUCGUCGGAGGGCCCAACCAGCGCAAGGAUUUCCAUCUGGAAGAAGGCGAGGAAUUAUUCUACAUGAAAAAGGGAGCUAUGGAAUUGAUUAUACAGGAAAAAGGGAAAUUUAAAACAGUCACCAUUCAAGAGGGUGAGAUAUUCCUAUUGCCGGGAAAAAUUCCUCAUUCACCUCAAAGGAAAGAAGAUACCAUUGGAUUGGUCAUUGAAAGAGAAAGAGCUGCACAUGAACUAGACUGCCUGAGAUAUUUUGUGAACAACUCAACUGAAGGGCUAUUUGAAAAGUGGUUCUAUUGCGACGAUCUAGGUGUGCAGCUAGUACCCGUCAUCAAAGAAUUUUUCGCAUCGGAGCAAUGUCGAACAGGCCGUCCUAUUCCGGGAACCAUUCCGGAGAAUCCGCCUUACAAACCAGAUUGCAACCGAGAGGUGGAAAACCCCUUCGAUUUGAACAACUGGCUCGCAUUACACCGAACUGAAAUCCAAAAAGAAGGCAAAAAGAAGCUGUUUGCCAACAUAAAUUAUCAAUCGGACAUUGUUGUUUAUGGCAAAGGAAUCGAUGACUUCCAAGCCACCAGCUAUGAAACAUGGUUGUGGCAAUUGGAAGGAGAAUCUUCGGUCAUAGCGAAUGACAAAGAAAUAAUUCUGAAAACCGACGACAGCCUACUCGUUCCGUCAGGAGAAGCGUUCAAGCUGACGCGCCAGAUGGAUACCUGUUUGGUCAUGUCUGUUGCCAUGCCAACGCCAAAAAACAAGGAGGAGAAGCUUCUUUAAAGCUAGAAUAAAAGCCAAAUCAUAAUAAUUAGGAUGGAUGUAUACCAUCUUAUCAAGGGACAGGAAUAAAAGGUUCGCAUGGCGGAAUCGUAUUAUUGAUGCGUUGGUGUUGUGGUUAGCACCUUGGCGUGAAGCGGUGAAAGUCACAGGUUCGAAUCCAUUGAAUUCCAAAACUUUCUUACGUUAAAAUUACUUCUCAUAGUACAAAGGGUGUACUCUUGAUGUGUACCUCCUCCCCAUAUAUGAGAAAUAUCAUCUUAAAUCAAAUGCA